AUGCACCGUGUGGAUCGGCGCAGCGGGGUGUUGGUCGUGGUGAUGAAUUAUACGGGGGACGUGUUGAAUUUCGGUAUGGGGGUGGAGAAGGCGCGGGCGCAGGGGGUCCAGGUGGAGAUGGUGGUUGUGGGGGACGAUGUGGGUGUUGGAAGGGGGAAGGGGGGGAAAGUGGGCAGGAGGGGGAUCGCAGGGACGGUUUUUGUUGUUAAGAUUGCAGGGGCGUUGGCGGCGAGGGGAGCAACCCUCAAACAAGUCGCAGACGUCGCCCAACUCGUUGCCGACAACACCGUCUCCAUCGGCUCCUCGCUCUCCCACGUCCACGUCCCCGGGCGCCGCGAAACAGAAGCUGACGCGCUCAAAGACGGCGAGGUGGAAAUUGGCAUGGGCAUCCAUAACGAAGCCGGGUCUGAACGACGAACCACCGGCCUGCCCGGCCUCGUGCAAACCAUGCUAUCUCACUGCCUUGAUGCCACAGAUGCCGACCGCAGUUUCUCCACCAUCAAGGCGGGCGACGCGGUGGUACUGCUGGUGAACAAUCUCGGCGGGGUGAGCCCGUUGGAGUUGGGCGGCAUCACGAAUGAGGUGGUGGAGCAGCUGGAGCGCACGUUUGCGAUUAAGCCGGUGAGAAUUUUGGCGGGCACGUUCAUGACGAGUCUGAAUGGGCUGGGGUUCAGUAUUAGUUUGUUGAAGCUGGUCGAUGUUGGCGCGUUAGGCACCACGAUGCUGGAGCUGUUGGAUGCGCCGGCGGAGGCGAAUGGCUGGUCUGCACCAAUCAGCAGGGAAACAUGGGGAAGACGGGGGGAGGCUCAGGUCGAGGAGACAAAGGUGGAUGAUGAAGAGGUACUGCCGAGUAAGCUAAGGGUCGACUUUGGCUUCGCCAAGUCCACUCUGACAACGGCUCUGAACAGGCUGAUUGCAGCCGAGCCAGAGGUCACAAGGUACGACACAAUAGUGGGAGAUGGUGACUGUGGAAUUGGACUGAAGCGGGGCGCAGAAGCGAUUUUGAAGAUGCUUGAAACGGUAAAGGAGACGGACGAUCUGUUGAUUCUUGUCAAUCAUAUCAUUCAAGUCGUCGAAGUUGCCAUGGAUGGAACAUCGGGAGCCAUCUACGCCAUCUUCCUCAAUGCCCUUGCGCACGGCCUGCGACAAAAUGAGCCUUCAACGCCCCAGCCAGUGGAUUCCAAAAUCUGGGCAAAGGCUCUCGAUUCGUCACUCAGGGCGCUUGGCAAGUACACGCCUGCCAAACCAGGUGACCGCACGUUAAUGGACGCCUUGUAUCCCUUUGUUGAAACGCUGUCCAAGACUGAGGAUAUCGACAAGGCAGCCGCUGCGGCCGAUCAAGCCGCCAAGGGAACCCAGGGGAUGAAGGCGAGUCUUGGUCGUACGGUCUACGUUGGCGGAGAGGGCUUUCAAGAAGUUCCCGACCCAGGCGCGCACGGCCUUGCUGAGCUGCUACUGGGACUGAGCGAGGGUCUGAAGAAAUAA